AUGAGCUGCGGCGGAGCAGGAGAGCCGAAGCGGCGAACGCGGCGGAGGGAAUGGGGCGGGGCUUCCGAGCGCGCACACCCCCUGACCCGACUAUUUAAAGGCGGAGCGACGGGGGGGUGGAACCGCAGUGCCAACGAAAGGGCAGAGGAGGGAAGUUGGGUGGCAGUGGGGUCGCUCGGGCAGCUGCGCGCCUCUUACGGGUCCUACGGCUCAGCGCUGCUGCUACUUCCACUAGCUUCCUCGACGGGCGCCCUGAAGCCGGUAAGUAGAUGGGUUUUCCAUUAGAUGCCCGUUUUGCACGGGUCCCGUGGUCGAUUCUGCUGUCCUUUAUCUUUUGGAGUUGGUCUUAAGACGUAGGGAUCCGAUCCACUCCGAUCCUCACCUGCGCCCUCCUCUUCCCCUUGCUGCAGAGCCGUCGAUCCUAG